GUUAAAUCAUAUGUAAGCAAAUUUGGAUAUUCACGUCUUUGUUUGUGUCUAAUGCAUUUCUUUUCAGGCAUAUUUUACAGCAGGCCAAUAAACACUUUGGAGUACUCUCCAGACUUGGCUCUACGCAGACACAACAAAUUCUCCUUGUCUACUCAGCAAUGGCAAAUUCCUAUCAGCUCCAACAACUAAAUCCAACAGCAACGAACACAACAAUGCUGCAGCAUAUCUCCAUUGUCUGGCCUAUAUAUAUAUUAACCGGCAGCAAUCGAAGAAACCAUAGCGCCGUCGAAGAGAUGAACCAACCGGCGCUGUUGUUCUUCGCCUUUCUGGCACUUGCAGCCCAUGCAGCCGGGAGAAGACACGAUGAUUCGUUCACGAAACUGCUGAAGUCGCCAAGACUGAGAAGAUCAGGUCAUAGUUCUGCUGAGGAUGUUCUAACCGAUGUUUCGCUUGUCUACAAGUAUCCUCAGGAUGGCCUCAAGGAAGCUGACAAGAUCCUCGGAUUGCCCGGACAGCCGUCUGUCGAUUUCAGGCAGUACUCGGGGUAUGUCACCGUCGAUCCUACAGCUGGACGGGCGCUGUUCUAUUACUUCGCCGAGGCUAAAGACUCUGUCGACAAGCCUCUCGUUCUAUGGCUCAAUGGAGGGCCCGGGUGCUCUUCGUUCGGGAAUGGAGCAAUGACAGAGCUCGGGCCAUUUCGAGUGAAUCCGGAUACCAAAACACUGUGGCACAACGAGUAUGCGUGGAACAACGUGGCAAAUGUGAUCUUCCUGGAGUCGCCGGCCGGUGUAGGAUUCUCAUACUCAAACAGGUCAUCAGACUACGUUACCGGCGACAAACAGACCGCAGCUGAUUCCUACACAUUCUUGAUCAACUGGCUCGAGAGGUUCCCGGAGUACAAAACCCGCGACUUUUUUCUAGCCGGCGAAAGCUAUGCCGGCCAUUACGUGCCACAGCUUGCUCAUCUGAUCCUGCAAAACAACAAGCUCCCAAACGAAAGCGUCGUAAACCUCAAAGGAAUCACGAUUGGGAACGCAUACAUCGACUACACAGAUAGGUGGACCGGCACGUACGAGCAUUUCUGGACCAGCGCGCUCAUAUCAGACGAGACACACCAUGGUAUCUUCGCCAACUGUGAUUUUUCUUCAUCGAGUGUCAAUCGUUCAGACUCCUGUGAUAAACUCCUCGAUAAGGCGGAUGUCGAGAUGGGCGACAUAUUCAUUUACGACGUUUAUGCGCCGUGGUGCGGCGAUAAUGCCACCGGAUCCCUGAUUUCAAACUACGAUCCGUGCUCGGACGAGUAUGUGUCCUUCUAUUUGAACUCGCGGGAAGUGCAGAAGGCUCUUCAUGCUAACUUAACCGGAAUCCCCGGCGAUUGGGAGUCCUGCAAUUAUGAAAUACUUUCGGAUUGGACAGAUCAACCCGACACCGUGUUGCCGGUCAUCAAGGAUCUAAUGGCUAGCGGCCUUCGAGUUUGGAUCUACAGUGGCGAUACCGACGGUAUUAUUCCUGUUACAACGACGAGGUACUCCGUCACCAAACUCGGGGGGCUUGUGAAGACUCCAUGGUACCCAUGGUAUUCGGAGGGCGAGGUGGGAGGCUAUGCUGUCGAGUAUCAAAAUGUGACGUUUGUGACGGUGAGAGGCUCCGGGCACUUUGUGCCGAGCUACCAGCCGGCGCGUGCACUCACCUUCUUCUCAUCCUUCUUAUUAGGAAAGCUCCCGCCGGGGCAACCGGCCGCCGGAAUAUUCCUUCCAUUCCUGCUUCUGGCAGCGCUGUUGUCGUCGUCAUGGGCUCAUAGUUACCGCCAGGAUCCUCUCGACGAUCUGAUCACCGGUCGGAGAGCAACCGCGCCGGAAAAUCAGGGCACUCGGGAUAAAGAAGAUUUCCCGGCGGCAGCCGCCGGCGGGGAGAAAGAAGCCGACAGGAUCUGGAAGUUGCCAGGACAGCCGGCGGUUAGUUUCUGUCAGUACUCAGGAUAUGUGACCGUUGAUCCUGAGGCAGGCAGGGCCCUCUUUUACUGGUUUACUGAAUCCCAAAAUGCUUCCAGGGAUCCUCUUGUCCUCUGGCUCACUGGAGGGCCUGGUUGCUCUUCUGUCGGAAUUGGAGCCCUGAUGGAGUUGGGGCCUUUCAGGGUCAACCCUGAUGGGAAAACCCUGUGGCAAAAUGAACAUGCCUGGAACACAGUGGCAAAUAUGCUCUUCCUUGAGUCGCCGGCCGGCGUCGGAUUCUCGUACUCUAACACGUCAUCGGACUACACCACCGGCGACGGGCGGACCGCCGCCGAUACUUUUGUAUUUCUCCGCAAUUGGCUCGAAAGAUUUCCCGAGUACAAAGCUCGGGACUUUUAUAUAGCCGGCGAGAGCUACGCCGGUCACUACGUUCCUCAGCUCGCACAACUCAUUCUCGAGAACAAUCGUCUCGCCAAUUAUGCCGUUGUCAACCUCAAAGGGAUCGUGAUUGGGAACGCCUACGUCGACUACCAUGACCUAUUUAGCGGCAUGUACGACUAUUUUUGGUCACAUGCUAUCAUAUCCGACGAGAGCCACGGCGCGAUCCUUAAAAAUUGCAACUUUUCGACCAAGGCAUCCAUGUCUAAACAAUGCGAGAAGUCAAUGACCGAAGCCGGAAUUGAGAUUGGGGAAAUGUUCGUUUACGACAUAUACGCACCCGUUUGCGGCACAAACUCUACCGCGCCCGCGAUAAGUACAUUCGAUCCGUGCUCAGACAACUACAUCAAUGCCUACUUAAAUACACCGGAAGUGCAAAAGGCGUUCCACGCGAAUGUGACCAGGACGGUGCCCGGGCCGUGGAACAUGUGUAGUUACUUUAUAGUUGCGUGGACGGACAAGCCGGAGACAGUCUUGCCCGUCAUCAAGGAGCUCAUGGCUGGCGGCAUAAGCGUUUGGAUUUACAGCGGGGAUACCGACGGGAGAGUGCCGGUGACGUCGGCAAAGUACUCGGUGAAGAAGCUGGGCGCGGCGGUGAAGACCCCGUGGCGGCCGUGGUACUACGACGGCGAGGUUGGAGGUUAUGCCGUUGGAUAUGAAAAUGUUAGUUUUGUGACGGUUAGGGGAGCGGGCCAUUUCGUGCCAAGUUACCAGCCGGGUCGGGCCCUGGCGCUCUUCUCCGCAUUCUUGUCCGGGAAACUGCCCUAACCCGAACCCUGCCCACCCGGCGCCGUUCUCGGACCAUCGCGGAUUGACUACUCAUUUUGAGUGCGUGACUAUGAAACUCAUUAUAAUUAGAGAUUUAUUUUUUUUUUUUGUAUUUUCAAGGUGUUUUUUUCAUAUAAAAUAUAAUUAUAUCCAAGAUAUUUAAAAUACCCCAAACUUCUGUCGAAGACUCGGUCAACGAUGGUGUCCGUACAAUCCAAAACUUAGCACGUUUGGGAGAGGAGGCGUAGAAUGCAUAGAGCCAAAUUUGUUCGAUGAAUUGCAGUUUUUUUUAUUUUUUUAAAU